GGAAGAUAAAAAAAAAAUAAAAAAAAUAAAAAAAUAAAAAAAAAUAAAAAGAAAGAAAGAAAGAAUACAAAAGAAGAAGAAAUAAAACAACCCCCCCUUCUUUGGAUCUCUGAGUUCUUUUUUGAUUUCUAUCUUGGCUGAAAUCUAAGGCAGAGGGGGUAGUUUUUUCUCUGCCUUAGCCAAUUUUGCAGAAGAUGGUAUUUCAAGAUUUUGACAAAAUCUCAGAACGUAGAAGAGCCGAGAGGGAACGUAAGUUCAAAAAGAGAGUUACCAUUGGCCUUAUUACGGGAUUAGUACUCCUUGUUAUAAUCGCCGCCGGAGUUAUCGUUUUGGUCACCACUAAUAAUAAUAAUAAUGACUCUAACAGCAACAACAAGAACUCCUCCACCACCUCCAAGUCUAACAAAGGAUCAUCAUCAUCAUCAGCCAAACCAUCUUCUUCUUCAUCCACUUCUGCUUCUUCUUCUUCAUCUUCAUCUUUAUUAUCUUCUUCUUCUGGGGAUUCAUCAUCCACGAGAGACGUCGUAAAAGUCGAAAAGGUCAUCACUUCCGUAUGUAGCUCUACGGAUUACAAGCAGAGGUGCCAUGACUCCCUCACUGCUGCUGCAAAGAAACAGCCUGAAUUGUCUCAGCCUAAGGAUUUCAUCAAGGUUGCAAUUUCAGCAGCUUCGGAUGAGCUCACCAAGGCAUUCAACAAAACUUCCAAUUUCACGUUCAAUACCCCUGAAGAGAAGGCAGCGUUUGGAGACUGUAAGGUUCUAAUGGAGGAUGCUUUGGAGGAAUUGGAGGCUUCUGGUAAGCACGUUGGAGACAAUGCUACUUUAACAGCUUUGUCGAGUAAAACCCCGGACUUGAACAGUUGGCUCAGUGCAGUUCAAUCUUAUCAGCAGACAUGCAUUGAUGGAUUCCCUGUAGGGAAGUUGAAGACCGAUGUCAAGAACGCUUUCAAUGCUACAAAGGAAUUCACCAGCAACUCUUUGGCGUUGAUUUCCGAGGUGGUUUCGUUUCUUUCCACGUUACAGACACCGGGUUCACCAGGACCAGCAACGACCCGCCACCUUUUGGACACCGAUGGUUUCCCUACUUGGAUGAGUCAUGAAGAUCGGAGGAUGUUGAAGGCUAGUGAUGUCAAGCUCACGCCUAAUGUCACUGUGGCUAAAGAUGGAAGUGGAAAGUUCAAAACCAUUAAUGCAGCUCUUGCUGCCAUGCCUGCUAAUUACACUGGACGGUUUGUCAUCUACGUGAAAGAAGGAGUAUAUGAUGAGACUGUAAUUGUGACAAAGAAGAUGGUAAACGUCACAAUAUAUGGUGAUGGGUCACAGAAGAGCAUCAUCACCGGGAAGAAAAAUUUUGUAGAUGGAGUUAGAACCUUCGAAACUGCAUCAUUUGCGGCUCUUGGAGAGGGUUUCAUGGGAAAAGCCAUGGGGUUCAGAAACACAGCCGGUCCAGAAAAACACCAAGCCGUGGCAGCCAGAAUCCAAUCAGAUCGGGCAAUCUUUGUCAACUGCAGAUUCGAAGGUUACCAAGACACCUUAUACGCACAGACACACCGUCAGUUCUACAGAAGCUGUGUCAUCGCCGGAACAGUAGACUUCAUCUUUGGCGACGCGGCGGCCAUCUUCCAGAACUGCAAUCUGGUGGUGAGGAAACCUUUGGACAACCAGCAGAACAUCGUGACGGCGCAAGGUAGGACCGACGUACGAGAAACGACAGGGUUCGUGCUGCAAAACUGUCGUGUUAUGGCAGACAAGGCUCUUGUACCAGUGAAGGAGAAGAUAAGGAGCUAUUUGGGGAGGCCAUGGAAGGAAUUCUCGAGGACCAUAUUUAUGGAAUCGGAUAUAGAGGAUAUAAUCCAUCCAGAUGGUUGGAUGCCAUGGGAAGGAGAGUUUGCAUUGAAAACUCUGUACUACGCGGAGUAUAACAACAAAGGAGCCGGAUCGAAAACCACGGCCAGAGUGAAAUGGCCUGGUUACAAAGUGAUCGAUAAGCAAGAAGCUAACAAGUUUACAGUAGAGAAUUUCUUACCAGGAAGUUGGCUCAAUGCCACCGGUGUUCCUGUUCAAAAAUCUUUUUAUUUUUAAGACAUUCUUUCACUCAACGUUUUCUUCCUUCCUUCCUUCUUCUUCUUCUUCUUCUUCUUCUUCUUCUUUUUCUUCCCCCACACAAAUUAUUUUAUUUGAUAUCAAAAAGAAAGAAUGAAGUUUGUUGAUAUUUCUAGUUUCUUUCCCUUUAAAACUUCAAACUUCAAACCCCAUUCCAAAAGGCAAACAAACGAAGAUUACCUUUAAAUUUAAAAUUAGAACGUCACCCGUCGUCUAAUGGGCCGAGUGAACUCAUUGUGUCGGCCCAUUUUAUUUUUUAACCAAUAUUGGACCCAUUAUUUUUCUGUACAUUUUCUGGGCCUGGACAACGUGUAAUCUGUUAGUAGGGAGGGGUGUAGUAUACUGUGCGUGUCCACUACGUCCAAUUCUUUUGCCUAA